AUGCAUGAAGGUGAGAACCAACCGUGGCGUGCAGCAGGGCAGCUUCGCGCAGGUGCUCGAAUGUUGUCCCUGAGGGACCUGCACCUACCCCAUUCUCACAUUUCGAGAGCAGCUUCAGGAAAGUUUCCCGCGAUACUGCCAGGUAAGAAUCUGGCUCGGGCUGGGGCCAAGGUGACGAUGUCAGGUUCGGUUGGGCGGGAUUGUUGGCAGUGGUGGCAGGGGGGCGGGAAGCGGUUUGAAUCUGUGAGCCCCUGCCACGUCCGCGACCUCCGGCUCGUCCCCCACGCGUCCGCGCACUGGCCGCGGCCAACUGGGGAGUUUCGCGACCACCUAAUCCCGCGUUCUGACGCGACCGUGCGUCCUCGAUCGCCUGCUGCCGACGCGUUCGCCGUAAUGGCGACUGAAGCGGAGAAGUCAGCGGUGGACCAAGGUCACACCGCUGAGAGUGCGAUUGCUCCGCCUCCGGCCCCUGCUGCCGCUGUUGCUGUUGCUGCUCCUCCCCUACUCCCCCCGGCUCCCCCUGCUGUUGUUGCGACGUCCGCGGCUCCGCUUCCGCUGUCGCCGGCUCCCCCGCUGAGCCUUCCGCACGCUGUUCCCGUGUCCGGCGCGCCGGUUCCCGUUGCGCAGCCGUUGCCUGUGGCGCAGCCCCCCGCCCAAGCUGUCGCUAGGGGCCCUGCGCUGGGGACAGCGGUGGGCGCCGGCCCCGAUUCUGCCCACUUGGUUGCCCCUGCGGCUGCGCCGGUGAAUCCCGUCGCGCAGCGGCUCGCGGAGUCCCAGAUACGCGCUGCCGUGGGGGCCAAUGCAGCUGCGCAUCGGGGGCGAGGUUCUCCUCGUCGUCGCCCCUCCUCGUCGUAUCGGUCGGCGCACCGCGGAGGCCGCGGUGGCUGGUGGGGAGGUCACGGUCGCGGGCGCGGUGGGCCAAGCGAGAUGCAGCAGCUCCGCGAGGAUUUCCCGGGGAUGUUAGCUGCGGCGAUGCGCAACGCCCUGAAUGGCGCACCGAAUCUUGGUAGCUCCCCGGCUCCCGCCGCUCCUGCGCCCGCGCCUGUUCCCGUGAAUGCGCAGGUUCCGGCCGCGCCCCUUGCUGCAUCUGCUCCGCACGAAUCUGCAUACCCACGGGCUCCUGCUCCUGGCGGAGACCGUGCUCCGCCUGCCUACGUUCGCCCUGUGUCUGCCUCGCAGUAUCCGCCCCUGCCCUGGAUUCCCCCUCUUCCGGACACGGGAUUUGUGGGAGCGGGAGGCGGAGCGGCGAGGGGAGCCUUCGUUCCUCCGCGUCGUUUUGCUGAAGCUCCAUCCGUGCAGCCUCCGCCCCCUCUUCCUGUUCCGCCUGCCGCGUUGCGGACCGGAGUGGCUCAAGUUCCCACGGCGACCCUAGCGCAGCUGUGGCGCUUGGUGGAGUGCCAGCAGGCCCUGACACUGAUUCUGGUGAAUGCGCACUUCGCCAUUCUCCAGAGCCCAGGGAGCACUCUCGAUCGUGAGGCUCGAGGAGAUUGCUUGGCGGCGGCUGCGCAGCUUGCCUUCCUCCUCCUACCCUUGCUGGGAGCGCCCGCGAUGGGAGGCGUUGCGGUUUCUGAACUGAACGGAACGGUCCAGGGUCUGACCGCACACCUCCAGGCUGGUGGCGGGAUUGAAGCCGUAGGCGCGACCGCGUUAGUGGUCCAGCAACUGUGGAGGACCAUGCGUGGUAUCCUCGCGGCGCUGGACGCCCAUCUGAUGUAG